AUGGAGAGUAGUGGUGGUAGUGGGAGUAGUAGUAGUAGUAGUAGUAGUAGUAGUAGUAACACGAACGAUAAAAAAGCGUACGUGUUUCCACCGGCGUUGUCGAAACCGGACAAGAACUUUGGAUGGAGCUCGGAGGGCGAAUUGGGCGCCAAACUCGUCUCGCAAAAAGGCGAGAGCGUCGCCAGAGCGGCGUUUACCGCGCACAGACGAACGUUCAUUACCGAUAGCGACUUGACUGCGAUCAAACGGUCCGGAUUAACGCACGUUCGAGUUCCGAUAACCUGGGCCAUGUUUGCCGAGGAUGAAGAGUUUGAAAGAGGAGAAGAGCUCGUCGUCGUGGAUCCGAUGUAUCGAGAUCGGAUGUUCAUUCAAGCCUCGAGAGAAGAUUUACGGGAAAUGGUGAAAAAAGUGAAGACGAAUGAUUUACGAGUCGUGUUGGCGCUGAAAGGUAUGCCGGGUGGCGCGAGUAACGACGAAGGCGACGGCGCGUGGCCACACGAAGCGUCGUUUUUUAGAGAGUUUUCGAAGGUUUUAAGCGCCGAGGAGACACAAGAAGAAGAAGAAGAAGAGAGGAGGAAGAGCAGCAACGAAAACACCAACAGAAAGUUGUUGUUCGGUGGUGCGUCCUCCGGCUCGUCGUCGUCGUCAAAUAUGGGUAGCACUGACGGCGGGAACAAGAAACUCGUCAAGGCAAAAACAGUCGCGAAAACUGGCGAGACGGCGACGGCGAAUUUCUUAAACUGGCUCGCCAAUCUCGACGACGAUUUGAAAUCAACCGUCGUCGGCGUAUCCUUAAUCGACGCACCAACCGCAAAGGAUCCGAAGCAAAGAGCAGCGGCGCUGACGUGGCUCGAACGAACGUCGCAGAUGUACCGUGACAUUAUCGUCGACCCAAUCGUAGAAGCGCGGGGCGCGGUCAACAAAAGCGGCAAGAACAACAAAAAGCAAGAGAAAGGCGAAGAAGCCUCCUUGCCGUUCUUACACGUGACCAUGUCGCCGACGAUGGGCAUCGACGUCGACGAGAUGGCAAAAUGGAUGCGAAAAACUUUCACGACGGACGAACGAUCCACGUGGGCGGCUUUGGACGUGCAACACGCGUUCCCGAGAGGCGUCGGCGCGUGCGUCGGCGGCCCGUCGCGAGGGUGCGCGUUUAGUUGCAGCGAUUCCGUGGAGCAGGUCGCUCGAUCUAUCGGCGACGCGAGUGAUAGUUUCGCGAGAGAGUUGAGAUCUGCGGCAAGCGAGCACGGCGUCCCGCACGUCGCCGUGAGUGAGUGGUCGUUGAGCGCGGACGAGGAAGGUCAAUGUCCAAACGCCGGUCAGUUUUUGGACGCGGCGUUUUCGCAGCAAGUGCGAGCGCACAGAGCGUCGAACGUUCGCGGAUACUUUUGGCGAUGGAAGAGCGCGUUCGAUAACAUUGAAAACGAAAACGAGUCCAUGUCCAACCAAAUGAGUCGAAAGAAACAACCGAGUUCGAACUCUUUGAGAGAAUAUCUAUCCAAUCGAGGAGGUAAGUCUGGAAUCGUCGGCGAUACCGCGAACGACGGCAAAAAUGGCGGCAAAGUGUCCACCGCGGGUUGGAUGGACGAAGGUGGCGUCGCGCGCGACGAUAAGUUCGACCGAUUCAAACCAAAAGAUAAAUCGAUUCCCUACGAUUACAAAACGCCGGAAGAGUUUGACGACGAGAUGCAAAUGAACACCAUCGCGGACGAUUGGUCGAGUCGAAUGACCAACGCCAUCGCCGAAGCGAAAGGCACCGGGAACUCGAACAUAAUGGAUUUACUCGCCGAGGAAGACGAAGGAUUAGGCACGAGCGAACAAGACAUAGAGAUGGCGUUGUUGAACCCAGAUGCGGACGUGUCCGUGAAAACUCUCAAAGGAUUCGAGUCUGAGUCCGAAAAACGGAAGGAGCUCAUUGACUCUAUGAAAGCGUUUGGCGAAUCCGCCUCUCGAUUCGAUAGUUUGACGAGUAAAAAAGGCGGGUCGUCCGUGGUAGAUGACAACGAUGAGAUUUUCAAUGAAAACGGCGACGCGUUAAAGCGAUCCAUGAAUCCGUUUGCAAAACCGUCCAAGCUUAUCGAAAAACAGUUUUCCUCGAAUAGCUAUUCCGGCGAUGAGGAUUUGAUCAACCCAGACUUUCGCGCGAAGAAAGACUUGGGUUUGAACGAACUCAUCGACGGCGACGACGGGUUACAAAAAUUGGACGAAGAACUUCAAGAAUCCAUCGUCGACGGGUUAGCGCAAGAUGCAAACUACCAACUUCGCAACGCCGCUGCAAAACUCGUCAACUCCGACUCGGAGACUUUCGCGACCGACGACGACGAGUUUAACCGUUUGUUGACUGAAUCCGAAACGCCGGUCAUGUCCAUGCCGAAAUCUCAAGAAGAACGCGAGGCUGAGUUGUUGUCCAAGAAGUGGGAUUCGUUUCCCGAAAAAGACGGCAAAAAGCCCGCGUUGACGAUUUUAGAGGACGGUUUUGAUCCGUUAUCGAUGAGUAACGAUAAGAAACUGGACCAAGUCAUCGGGGACGAGGCGAAAGAUCGAGACGUUGAGGAGGUGACGAAAAAAGUCGAAGACCGCGCCGCCGCCUCGGUCGAAGGCGCGGAAUUGGAAAAGACCAUUGAGAAGAAUUUGGCCAACAUGAGCAAAGAAGAUUUGUUGAAACUCGCGGAGCAGGCAAAGCUUGGAAAGAUUACUCUCGCAACAAACUUAGCGCGACGAUGA